AUGAACUGCGAGACCUGUCAGCUGAAGGAGCUGGAGCUGGAACCGACGGAGAUCAGGGAUGUGCUGCGAUGCAUUUUGCACACCAUAUUCUUCCAUAGAACCCUCAGCCUGGUUCGCCCCAAAGAUGUUGACUGUGAUUUCCUUGAGAUCACUUAUGUACAAUGUGGUCUACCGGAACUAGAAAAGGAAGUUGAUGAAAAGAUAGACCAGUUCACUGCUUGGGUGGAGAAACACCCAAAUCGCAGAAGCCAGAUAUGCCUCUCCUUCUUCGACGAGAAACAGACACCCAGCCCAAAAAGAUACAGCAAGUCAAACAGCUCCAAAGGGCUGACAAACAUCGGAGCGAAUGCCCUGGAGGAGACCAGCACAAGGCGUGCUGCAUUGGAGUCAUCGGUUAACGAGGUGUUAUUCCAGAUCAUAAACUUCGCCAAUGAGAAAAAGGACCACAUUCCUGCCAUCCCUGACAGAAUUUUCAAUCACGAGAUCAUGAUCCCAAGGUUCCUCGGUCUGUGCUGUCCUGGCCCGAUCCAUUCAUCCAGACAUCUUGGAGGCCACUUGAGCUCAAAGCUGAUCCCUUUGAUCUUGGAGGACACUUGA